UUCCGCUACAAGACCCGGGUCUACAAACAGACCAACCUGGACGAGAAGCAGCUGGCCAAGCUGCACACCAAGACGGGGCUGCGCAAGUUCCUGGACUACGUGCAGCACGGCGCGGCCGACAAGGUGGCGCGGCUGCUGGAGCGCGGCCUCGACCCCAACUACCACGACGCCGACUCGGGCGAGACGCCGCUGACGCUGGCGGCGCAGCGGGACGGCCCCGGCGACGUGGAGAUCAUCCGGCUGCUGAGCCUGGGCGGCGCCCACCUGGACUUCCGCGCGCGCGACGGGGCCACGGCGCUGCACCGGGCGGCGGGCGCGCGCCGCUACGCCGCGCUGCUGGGUGCACGGUAA